AUGGUCACAAUCUAUAUAACUAAAUUCGACAAUGGCACUUAUAGUGAUCCAUGUGUCUUCAAUGUGGCUGAUUUAAUCACUUUACGUGAGAAAUUUAACAUCUACGGAAAUCUAUCCGGUACAUUACCAAUCAACACCCAACAAAAUAAUUUCCUCUAUCUACCUUUGAAAAUUUCACUUGAUCAAUCUAUCUACCUUGUCAAACUACAUUCAGUCAACCUUAAAAUUUUUAACCAAUCUAACGAUAAUACUAUAAAUCUACUCUCAAACUCCACCCUCAACGACAAUCCCAAUGCCAAUGGCAAUGACGACAAUAUAGGUUUCAUAGUCACUAACGAUACAAACCCCAAUAACGAAAAUAAUUCAUCAGAUGAUAUCCUAAUAAAUGAGUGGUUACAAUAUCAUCAAGAUAAAACACGUUUCACUUUCCCACUCUAUAAGAAACUUUUAUCUGAACAUAUUUCCGUACUCCCAGGUUCCAGGUUUGGCUGUAGAUACGUGGGAUACCCAGGCGAUCCAUUGAAGUACCAUUCACAGUAUCUUAUCCAUACACCUAUAGAUUACCAUAAGGACAAACUAGACCUUCUCAGUCUCAUUUCAACAGCAAGGCUUGGAACAGUAGUGAAAAAAAGCCAAGUCAUAUCGGGAUGCAUCUCCAACAAUGGCAGUGACAAUGAGGUCGAAGUUAAGCUUUUCACUUUGGAAUGGUGUGGGUUCGGAUAA